AUGUUGCAGAGAGCUGCAAGCAAUGCAUAUUCAUGGUGGUGGGCCAGCCACAUCAGAACAAAGCAAUCAAAAUGGAUGGAGCAAAACCUCCAAGAUAUGGAGGAAAAGGUGCAAAAUGUUUUGAAGCUGCUAGAGGAAGAGGGAGACUCCUUUGCCAAGAGAGCAGAAAUGUAUUACAAAAGGAGACCAGAGCUGAUAAACUUUGUGGAAGAAUCAUUCCGUGCAUACAGAUCUUUAGCUGAUAGGUAUGAUCACAUAUCAACAGAGCUGCAAAAUGCCAACAACACCAUUGCUUCUGUCUGCCCAGAUCAAGUCCCUUAUAUGGAUGAUGAAGAUGAAGAUUCACCAAGGACCCCACGAAAAAAACCAGAAGGGUUAAAACCAAAUAUUCCAAAUCCUCCACUUAAAGAUUUAAAAAGUGUCAUAACCACAGCCACAAAAAAGCUCAAUCCCAAGAAGGUAGUAGCCUCCAAAGGUCCAACUUCUAAAGUUCCUAAAUCUGGAUUGAGCAGAAAGGAGGCAAUUGAAGAGGUUGACAAGCUCCAGAAACAGAUUCUGGCAUUACAAACUGUGAAAGAGUUUGUGAAGAGCACUUAUGAUAAUGCCAUUGCUAGGUACUGGGAAACUGAGCAGCAGAUCAAAGAAUUGCAAGAGAAAGUUUCCAAUUUGCAAGAUGAACUUGGUGAAGGCAUUGUUAUUGAUGACGAGGAAGCCCGCCGUUUGAUGGCAGAAGCAGCUCUUAAAUCAUGCCAAGAGACUUUGUUUCGGUUGGAAGAGAAACAGGCUGUAGCAGUUGAUGAAACCAGAAUUGAGUCCAAAAGGGUAAAAGAAGUUAGGGAAAAGUUAAGCUCUCUCAUGAAUGAGCUCCAUUAUGAUCAAACCAAUAAAAAAGAGCCAAGGGCCAAAAGAGAUGUAAAAGAAGUAGCAGAAACAAAGGACUUGGGUGAAGAAGAUGUGGACAAAAUGACUCAGCAGAGACAGGAGUUGCAACUGUUACAUGAGAAGAUUAAAGAACACUUUGAUGCUGGCUCCUAUUCACCUCUAAGUGUUACAGAAAUGGCAGAAAAGAUUGAUGACCUUGUCAACAAAGUUAUCAGCUUAGAAACUUCAGUUUCGUCCCAGACAGCUCUUGUUAAGAGAUUAAAAAUAGAAACUGAUGAACUUCAUUCUAUGAUUCGAACUCUAGAAGAGGAUAAGGAAAGUUUGAUUAGUGACAAAAUUAAAUUGAAUGACCAACUGAGAGAAAUGGAUGAAAAGCUGCACGAGUUACAGGAUCUAAAGCAAACUGUUGAAGACCAGAAUUGCAACCUUCAAAGCCAUUUCACUGAAGCUCAUUGUAAUCUUGAUCAUCUCUCGGAAAAAGUCCAAAAGGUGAAGCCGGACGAGGAGGUUGAGGUCAGGGAAAUAUCACAAACAGAAAGGAAUUCAUCAAAAGAGGCUGAAUCAAAACAUGCUCUUAAAGAACAAGAUGCAUUGAAUCAAGACAAUGUCUUAUUGAAUGAUGCAAAAAUCGAUAAGGAGCCUAAGGUCACUGCCUUGGUAGAAAAUACAGUGAAUUCUGAUAACAAGCUUGAGGUCAUUGGUUCAUUGGAAAAUGAAAUCAAGGUCACCGAUUCACUAAAAAAGGAAGAGGAAACCCCAGUGGAAAACAAAUCUCCAAUAGUGUUGAAAGAAGAAGAGAAGACUCUGGAUACUAGUAAUAGUGAUAUAGUAAAAUCAACUGAUUCAGACAACCAACACCAAGCAAUCAUAAAGGCAGAGAGUUCUGUUAAACACCAAGAAAAUGAUUCUAAGCAAAUAUCAUCUGAGAGAAAGACUACUCUUGGAGCUGAUUGCCAGGAGCAGGAAAUGGCACUAGAAGAUGUGUCAAUGAAUGGAAUACAGGACAAAGAGAAAGUUCUGCUGUCAGAGGAGUAUUCAUCUCUUCUUCAGAAUUACGAAGAUGUGAAGAACAAGCUCACUCAAGUAGAAAAGAAAAAUCAAGAUGCUGUCUUUGAUUCAUCUUUGCAGCUGAAAGAACUGAAGACUGCUAAUGCCAUGAAAGAUGAAGAGAUUAGACUCCUACGUCAGAAACUAGGUCUCCUGCAGAAAAGCUUGGAGGGAAAUCAGGAUUCUGGAGAGUUAACUUCAGAGCAGACACCAGAAAAACACAACAUCGAGGCAAUUUUAAAAAUUGAAGAACCUGAAUCUACGUCGCCCGUUGAAGAGAAGUUCCGCAUGAGCAUUGAUGAAAUUCUAGAGGAGAACCUAGUUUUCUGGUUAAAAUUCAGUACUUCCUUUUCUGGGAUACAGAAAUUUGAAACCACCAUAAAAGAUUUGCAGAAGGAGGCAUCAAAACUUGAGGAAAAAUCGAAAUCAUUAGAAGGAAGUAGUAGCACAAAGUAUUCUUUGAAGUCAGAUGCAAGACCACUUUACAAGCACCUUGAAGAGAUCCAAAAUGAACUAACACUAUGGUUGGAAAACAGUGCAUUGCUGAAAGAAGAACUUCAACGCAGAUUCUCAUCCUUAUGUGAAAUCCAAGAAGAGAUAACUACAGCAUUGAAAACCAGUGCUGAAGAUGAUGACUUCAGGUUCACAAGCUAUCAAGCAGCCAAGUUCCAAGGUGAGGUUUUGAACAUGAAUAAAGAGAACAACAAAGUUGCUGAUGAACUUCAAGCAGGUCUAGAUCUUGUAACAACUCUCCAACUUGAUGUUGAGAAGUCUCUUGCAAUGUUGAAUGAGAGAUUUGGGCUCUCAAAUUCUAAGAGAAGCCAAAGCCAUAUGGGAACUUCUCGAAACCGGGUUCCUCUGAGGUCAUUUAUCUUUGGUGUUAAACCAAAUAAACAAAAACAAUCAAUCUUCUCAUGCAUGACCCCUGGAAUGCAUAGGAAAUACCGUGCUACGAGAGGAUAA